GUCGCUCGCGUUGUGCUUCCUCCGCCUAGUCCAAAUGCUUUGAACACACCCAUCAGCACUUUUUCUUUUGAUUCCAUGCAAGAGCUGUUAUGGGCUGCAAACGAAUUCGUAAGCUCGUCUUCAAUCUAUCUAUCGAAAUCCGCUCCCGCUCAUCCUAAAAUACCAGNNGGUCGAAUAACAUCCUUUUACGGACCUGAGUUGCAAAGAUAUACCUCCUACCGAGGCCAUGCACCCGCCGAAGGACCUGUCAAGCAGAUGCUUAUGUGCGAUCGCGGCGUCAUAUCAAUCACAGUGAAAAGCGUACAUCUGGCAUCGCGGAAAGGAGUGACGCAUCAAGAUGACAUGAAAGAUCUGCGAUGCAUGGCAUUCACCUCCAAAGGUGUUCACGAGGUUCUGGUAGCCGGUUGCCAGGAGACCAUGUACAAGAUUGAUGUCGACAAAGGAGUCAUCACGUCCACGCUCAAAGCCGAUGCGCCAUAUACUAUGAUGAAACGCGGCGGACAGUACAUCUGCGCCGGUACAGCUGAUGGCCAUGUCCACUUCCUAGAUUUGAUCAACUACAAAGUCGCUAGAACCUGGAAAGCGCAUUCGGCAUUCAUCAACGACAUGGACGCUAGAUCAGACGUCCUUGUCACGUGCGGAUGGUCUUCGAGGCCACAGCAUGGUUACAUGUUGGAUCAUCUGGCAAACGUUUUCGACCUGAAGACUCUCAUGCCGCUGCCCCCAGUACCAUUUCCACCAGGCGCCGCAUUUGUCAGGAUGCACCCGAAAAUGUCUACAACCUGCAUGGUCGCAUCUCAAGGUGGACUUAUUUAUGCCAUCGAUAUCAUGAAUCCCGAUUCGCCUAGCAUGCGGCAUGCAAACGUUUUCGACACUCAUAUUACAUCUUUAGACAUAGCGCCAUCAGGAGACGCUCUAGUGCUUGCCGAUGCCCAAUGCGCUAUGCAUCUCUGGGGAUCACCUAACAAGAUUCAGUUCACCGAGUAUGGGAGUCCGACGGAGUUUGCGGAUCAACCUGCUCCAACUCCUCCAAUCGACUGGUCACCGGACGUAGAGAUGUUGUUCUCCGCCUGGCCCAGUCACCUUGUCUCAGAAGUUGGCGCACCGCCGAGCAAGAUCGAUGCUGGCAUCCUCGCCGCAUUGAAACGAUCAGAUAUCGGAGGAUACGCACCGUUCCCACGCAAGACACGAAGGUACCAGUUCGAAGAUACCAGAGCCGUUCAAAGAGCGCAUGACACUCUCUCGGCGCCUCGAUUCCUCAGUGAACGACAGAAAGAUGAUCCACAAGGCCACGAAGGUCCUAGAAGAAUGUCGGAUGCUCUUGAAGCACUUGGCGAUCUUGCUCUGGGUGGUGCCAUCCGAAGAGACGUCCCAGUCAUGUAUCGAAACGUCGAGAUCAAAUAUAGUAAAUUUGGUGUAGACGAUUUCGACUUUGAGUGGGNNUACUACAAUAAAACGAAGUUCUCUGGACUGGAGACUCACAUCGCCAACUCGUACACCAAUCCGCUCUUACAGCUUCUGCGUUUCACACCGACGAUACGCAAUCUCGCACUUCAUCACACAGCCACUUCCUGCCUAUACGAUAAUUGCCUGCUCUGUGAGAUGGGCUUCUUGACAGAUAUGCUAGAGAAAGCUGCGGGUAUGAAUUGUCAAGCUAGUAACUUCCUCAAGGUCUUCAGCAGCUUGUCUGAUGCAUCGACUCUUGGAUUACUCGAACAAUUUGCCGCCGCAAACAACCCACUUUCUGUCACGAUACAAGCAGCGAACAGAUUCCUGCUCAAGACGUUCUGUGAUAGCUUCCGACAGCUACCUCCGCACAACAGGCACAUGGAGCAAUCUCUGACUACAGGCGCCUUACUCGCAAUAAGAUGCGGGCAUUGCGCCAACGAGAUGCUCAAGCCAGGCGAAACUCUUGUUCACGAUCUGGUAUAUCCACCAAAGCCACUAAAACAUCACCCACGCAUGGCUCCACCUAGGCCAGCAUUUUCUCAAGUCCUCAAAGCGAGUGUCGAACGACAAGACCAGACUCGUGGUUGGUGUGACCGAUGCAAGCGAUACCAACAACUCAGCACUCGCAAAACUAUUCAAAGUAUUCCCAAAGUUCUGAUGGUCAAUACGGCCAUUCAUUCGCCAGACCACAAGCAGCUAUGGUCAACACCUGGAUGGCUGCCCCAGGAAAUCGGCGUCGUGGUUCAGAAUGGACAAUUUUUCUGCUACGAAGGAUCUGACCUCAAAUACCACCUCCAGCGCGGCUUCUAUGAUAUUAUGGUCUACGAACUUGUUGGUAUGGUCGUUGACAUCAACAGUGCAGACAACCAAAAGUCCCAUCUGGUAUCGUUGAUCAAUGUCGCACCAUCUUCGCCCGACCCAGCAGAUCAAGACCAAUGGCACUUGUUCAAUGACUUCCUUGUCAGAUCUACAACAUCCGAAGAAGCUCUUCGAUUCGACAUGAAUUGGAAACUGCCAUCCAUUCUUACAUACCAAGCCAAGUCGGCAUCUCAUGUCAUUGAUGAUUCUUGGAAAGAAAAUCUUGACCCGUCUUUACUCUACUAUCUACCGAGAGGGCCGCACAAAUCACCUGAUCCAACAGUACUGCGCAAUCUCAAUCCCACGACUGAGCUUCCUCGGGCUGGCAUGCCAUGUGCAAUUGAUGCCGAGUUUGUUGCGCUUUCCAAGGCCGAAAUCGACAUCAAAGCGGAUGGCACACGCGAGACAGUUCGUCCUCCUCGUCUGGGUCUUGCACGUGUCUCAGUACUGCGAGGCGCAGGACCCUACGAAGGCUUACCAUUUAUCGACGACUAUAUCGCAAGCUCGGAACCUGUGGUUGACUAUCUGACCGCGUACUCAGGCAUCAGUCCAGGUGAUCUCGACCGCGCUGUCAGCAAACAUAACUUGGUCAAUCUUAAAGUGGCCUACAAAAAGCUAUGGCUGCUGCUCAAUCUGGGUGUCGUGUUUGUCGGUCACGGGCUACCCAAAGACUUCCGUAUCAUCAACAUCCACAUUCCUCGAGCACAAGUCGUCGACACAGUCGAUCUCUUUUCACACCGCCUCCGCAGUCAACGCCGUCUAUCGCUGCGCUUCUUGGCUUGGUAUCUGCUAAGGGAAGAGAUCCAACAAGAUGCUGACAAAGGUCACGACAGUGUUGAAGAUGCCCUCACGGCACUCAAGCUCUGGCGUAAAUACCAAGAAUUCAUGGACGCCGGUAUCAUCGAAAGCAUGCUCGACGACAUCUUCGACCGCGGCAGAGAGACCAACUUCAAGCCCCCAUCGGUCUACAGAACAGAAAGAGAGACCGGAGAGUGGAGACCUGAGACGCCAGGGCAUAUGUCUGUGCCAGGCACACCUGCUAGAAAGACGGUGGGACCUGCGCUUCUCGGGNGAUCCAACCAGACUCCACCUAUCAAGAAGGAUAUCUUCGGCAGCCCACUGAGGUAG